AUGGAAGCCACAGAUGCCUCCAGAAGCAAUGGGGCCAGCCCGGAAGCCAGGGAUGCCCGCAGCCCCCUGGGCCCCAAUGGCACCCUGGAGAAUGGGGCCAAGGCCGAAGGCCAAGAUGCCAAGACCACCAACGGGCACGGCGGGGACGCGGCCGAGGGCAAGAGCCUGGGCGGUGCCCCGAAGCCAGGGGAGGGCAAGAGCUCCCUGUUCUCAGGGAACGAGUGGCGGCGGCCCAUCAUCCAGUUUGUCGAGUCCGUGGACGACAAGGGCUCCAGCUACUUCAGCAUGGACUCUGGAGACGGCAAGAGGUCCCCCUAUGCCGGGCUCCAGCUGGGGGCCGGCAGGAAGCUGCCCCUCUCCUUCGCCGAGAAGGGGGAGCUGCGCAAGUCCAUCUUCUCGGAGCCCCGAAAGCCCACGGUGUCCAUCGUGGAGCCCGGGGAGGCCCGGCGGAACAGCUACCCCCGGGCUGACGGUGGCCUCCUGCUGCGCUCCAAGUCGGGCUCCGAGGAGGUCCUAUGUGACUCCUGCAUUGGCAACAAGCAGAAGGCCGUCAAGUCUUGCCUGGUGUGCCAGGCCUCCUUCUGCGAGCUGCACCUUAAGCCCCACCUGGAGGGCGCCGCCUUCCGAGACCACCAGCUGCUCGAGCCCAUCCGGGACUUCGAGGCCCGCAAGUGCCCCCUGCACGGCAAAACCAUGGAGCUCUUCUGCCAGACGGACCAGACCUGCAUUUGCUACCUCUGCAUGUUCCAAGAGCACAAGAAUCACGGCACGGUGACCGUCGAAGAGGCCAAGGCCGAGAAGGAGACAGAGCUGUCCCUGCAAAAAGAACAGCUGCAGCUCAAGAUCAUCGAGAUUGAGGAUGAAGCUGAGAAGUGGCAGAAGGAGAAGGACCGCAUCAAGAGCUUCACCACCAGUGAGAAGGCUCUCCUGGAGCAAAACUUCCAGGAUUUGGUGCGGGACCUGGAGAAGCAAAAGGAGGAAGUGAGGGCUGCACUAGAACAGCGGGAGCAGGAUGCCGUGGACCAAAUAAAGGUGAUCAUGGAUGCUCUGGACGAGAGGGCCAAGGUGCUGCAUGAGGACAAGCAGACCAGGGAGCAGAUGCAAAGCAUCAGUGACUCGGUGCUGUUUCUGCAGGAAUUUGGUGCAUUGAUGAGCAAUUACUCCCUCCCCCCACCCCUGCCCACCUACCAUGUUCUGCUGGAGGGGGAGGGCCUGGGACAGUCACUUGGCAACUUCAAGGAUGACCUGCUCAACGUGUGCAUGCGCCAUGUUGAGAAGAUGUGCAAGGCAGACCUGAGCCGUAACUUCAUCGAGAGGAACCACAUGGAGAACGGGGCUGACCAUCGCUACAUGAGCAACUACACUAACAGCUAUGCGAGCGAGUGGAGCACACCUGAUACCAUGAAGAGAUAUUCCAUGUACCUCACACCCAAGGGUGGGGCCAGGACAGCCUACCGGCCGGGGUCCCCCAGCCGCCUCUCCAAGGAGACCAAUCAGAAGAACUUCAACAAUCUCUAUGGCACCAAAGGUAACUACAGCUCCAGGGUCUGGGAAUACUCCUCCACCAUUCAGAACUCUGACGACGGGCCUGCAGUCCAAGGCAGCUCCUCCUUCUCCCUGAAAGGCUAUCCUUCCCUCAUCAGGAGCCAAAGCCCCAAGGCCCAGCCCCAGACUUGGAAAUCUGGCAAACAGACUUUGCUGUCUCACUACCGGCCCUUCUAUGUCAACAAAGGCAAUGGGAUGGGGUCCAAUGAGGCCCCGUGA